AACACAGUACAGCGAAGGUGACGACAAAGGAAUGGCACAUGUGGCGGCCGACGCGAGUGAUGGUGAGGUUCAGGUCUCGGACUUGUUGCGGGCGGCUGGUCCCCGCUGAACGGAAGCACGCCGUCGUCAUGGCUUGGCACUCGGUCAAUUAUUCUUUGCCCGUCGCACUGCCGUUCGUCAUACUUGAUACCUCGUCAUACCCACCAUCUUUGUAUAUCGCUGUCUUUUGAGUCGUUCUCAUCAGAAAUACCCGCCAUGCGCUCCUCUUCUUCUUUGUUGCGCGGCAUUGUCCGAAGCACUGCGCCUUCGACUGCACGACUUUCCCACGCCGAGCGAAUCCCAGCGCCCGCAAAGCGCCUCUUUCACACACCGCGAACGUCAGCUGCCAUACGCCCUUCGCCGAUACUAUCACGAGCGCGUGUACCCCCCACAGUCCGCUUUGAGUCAAAUGAAGCUUCUCCAACAUCGACCACUGCGCCGGACUCACGACUAGAACGCGAACAAGUCCCGUCAUACGAACUCACCUUCACAUGCAACGUCUGCAAGACACGGUCGUCGCAUCGCUUGUCUAAACAAGGAUACCAUCAUGGAACUGUCUUGAUCCAAUGUCCGGGCUGCAAGAACAGGCAUCUGAUUGCAGAUCAUCUCAAGGUAUUCUCAGAUAAAUCCGUCACAAUCGAAGACCUUAUGCGGGAGAAAGGCAGCCUAGUCAAGAGAGGCUCUCUGAGUGCAGAAGGCGACGUUGAAUUCUGGGACGACGGCAGCACCACUCCCCGCUCUGCACAAUUCCACGCCGAAUCGAAACCUAAGGGCGACAACCGCCUCGCCGAGCAGCCCGAUCCAUCGAAGCCCUCGCAAGACUAAACGUUACGCAUCCGAGAUAGACGCAUACACCUAGCGGCAUAUUCGAUUAUCCGUACAACAUCUGGCAGCCUGUAUAAUAUUGUUUGAAUACCACUCAGGAGUUUUCGUUCCAAAUCAAGAAGUCCAGGUUACUAAGUACAGUUCAAUCACGCAUAGCCCCGGCAUCAUUUUGUCUGCGCGCGCAAAGAAGUUCUACAGUGUCGCUAGGAUUACUUCCGCCGAAGACCUCGCUUCCUUACAAUAGCAUAUCUACAUCCACCGCCUCCCGUCUCUUUACCUCGAGUUUCACCAUCGGAUCGACGACCUUGUAUACACCCAAUUGUAGUGACCCUACCUCAU